AUGUUAGCAAAAGCUCUGAAAAGAUAUCUGCUGGUCGGCGAUCGAAUUCCAAAUCUAACUCUGCAAAUUGUGUAUCAAGACAAAGUCUACUCAAUGCCUAUGGCUGAUAUCUUUUCAAAUAAAAGAAACUUAAUAAUUGGACAUCCAGGAGCAUUUACUCAUUUCAGCACAUAUGAGCAGCUUCCUGAGUAUCAAAAUUAUUUGUCAAAAUUCAAAGCACUAGGUAUCGAAAACAUUUUUUCACUAAUUUACCUUUGAUAAAAUAAUAAAAAAUGCUAUAAUAAUUUACAAUUGUGUUAUAAAAUCCUUUAGAAAUGGAGUAAGCAUUAAUGAUCACUUCGUAUUAAAGAAAUAUUCAGAAAAAUAUAACAUAGGAAUCCCAAUGAUCUCAGAUUUCAAAGGCGAUUUUGUAAAGAAUCUAGACUUAGCUUUAUCUGAAGAAGAAUUUUUUACAGCCACUUGCAGAAGAACAGCAAUUAUAAUAGACGAUAUGGUAAUAUUAGGAGUAUCUGCUGAAGAUGACGUCCAAUAUACAUCAAAAACCAAGCCUGAAACUAUUGAAAAAAUGCUGAUUGACAUUUAUGAGCAGCCUGAGCUCGCUAAGAAACCAAUAUAA